ACACACAGACACACACACACAGAAGGAAAAGUGUGACGGGAACAGCCUCCGACCAUCGUAAAAACCAACGCAAGAAGUGAGAGAGGUCCAUCGGUGGGAUUGAGAAGGACGGCCAAGUUUGGUGGAGGCAGUUUGGAGUCUCUCUUCCACCCCAUCACCACCAUCACCACCACCACCACCAUCACCCCCACCCCGGAUGAGGCAGCACUGACCCCCCGGCACUGUGCUCUGGUGUGUGUGUGUGUGGGUGUGUGUGUGUGUGUUUGCACGUCUGGAGAGAAGCGAAUUGAACUUCAGGAUGGAUGAUGAUUACAGCUUGGAAAUGGCAAAUUGCUUGGAUUACUCGCAGUCUCAUCCAGAUGGUCCGAGCCUGAUCAUCACCGAACAGCCCAAACAGAGAGGAUUCCGGUUCCGGUACGGAUGUGAGGGUCCCUCACAUGGGGGAGUCCCCGGGGCGUCUAGUGAGAAGAACCGCAAAACGUAUCCCUCUGUGAAGAUUAUUAAUUAUUGCGGCAAUGCAAAAAUUGUGGUGAGCUUGGUGACAAACAACAAGCCUCACAUGUGUCACGCUCACAGCCUGGUGGGGAAACACUGCACUGAGGAGGGCACCUGCGUGGUCUCUGUGGGACCCAAGGACAUGACUGCACAGUUCGCUAAUCUGGGAAUUCUUCACGUCACAAAGAGGAACGUACCCAAGGUGCUGCUGCGGAGGUUCCUGGGCCCCACCGAGUCUGAUCCAGCAGCAACCAAGACUCCUGUCCGGAAGAACUCACAAGAUGAAAAGCUCCAGCAGUUAAAGAAGGAGUCAGAAAAUUUGGCAAAGACAAUGGAUCUCAGUGUUGUGCGUCUCCAGUUCACUGCCUACCUCCCAGACAGCACUGGUCUCUACACACUUGAACUCAAACCCGUCAUCUCAGACCCUAUUUUCGACAGCAAGGCCCCGAAUGCUUCUAACCUGAGGAUCGUCAGAAUGGACAAGACGUUCGGCUGCGUGACCGGGGGCGAGGAGAUUUAUCUGCUUUGUGACAAGGUUCAGAAAGAAGAUAUCCAGGUGCGUUUCUAUGAGGGCAAUGCAGAAUCUGACUGGGAGGCAUUUGGAGAAUUUGGUCCGACCGAUGUCCACAGACAGUUUGCGAUUGUGUUCCGCACUCCUUGCUAUAGGGACACCAACAUCAGAAAGCCCGUCUCUGUGUACGUCCAACUAAGGAGACGAUUGCAAGUGGAGUGCAGCGAGCCAACGGCAUUCACCUAUUGUCCCAAAUUCAAAGAAAGGGAAGAAAUUUACCGCAGGAAGAAGGGGGUACAGCUACCCAAUUUCCAGGAUCAUUUUGGGGGGAGUCCUCCAUCGUGGGGCUCCAACAUGUACAGCCGUGGUGGAGGUCUUGGUUACGGCUUUGGGGGUUACCUUGACAUGUAUCCCUCCAAUCAGCAGUAUGGAAGUCAGCACAUGGCGGGGUCACACGGUGGUGGAUCACACCUUGCCCACCAACCGCGGGAGCAGACAGCAUCGGGAAGCGAGCUUCCUGAACCUGGCCCCCAGGAAGUGCAGGCCUCUGAGCGGGGCAACAAAGCGGCUACCAGAGAGACGCAGCCAGGGUUACCGCAGGGCUCUGGCCCAGCGAGGCGCAGACAGCUGUCACAACAAGAGUACUUCUUGCGGCUGAGGGCACUGCAGAUCACGGAGCGCACGGCCCUGGCCUUGCAGGACUACGCCAUCACGGGUGACGCACGCAUGCUUCUGGCCGUGCAGAGACACCUGACUGCAGUCCAGGAUGACAAUGGAGACACUUCAUUGCACUUAGCGAUCAUCCAUCAACAGCCCCUUGUGGCUCAGCAGUUAUUGCAGGUUAUUAUCAGUAUUCCGGGCCAGAACUUCAUCAACGCUCCCAACAACCUACGGCAGACUCCUCUGCACGUGGGCGUGAUCACCCAGCAACACAGCCUGGUGGACCUGCUUCUGAGCGCAGGGGCUGAUGCUGCCAUCUUGGAUCGCCAUGGAAACUCGGUCCUGCAUCUUGCCCUGCACCAGGAAGAUGAGGCGAUGGUGAGGUCGUUAGUGGAUGGCCUGGAACCCCACGUUCUCAAAAAGCUGCUUAAACUGCCUGACUUUAACGGAUUGUAUCCUCUGCACUUGGCAGUGAAGGCAAGGAGCCAACAGCUGGUGGAGCUGCUAGUGAACAAAGGGGCAGAUAGUAACCAGGCUGAUCAGAAGAGUGGCCGCACAGCUCUGCACCUAGCCGUGGAGAUGAACUGCCUGGGGCUGGCUGGCUACUUCCUGGCAGAGGCUGGAGCUGAAGUGGAUCUUGCCACGUUUGAGGGGAACACGGCUCUUCACUUGGCGGCUGGCUCGGGCUCCCCGGCUCUCACCGCGAUGCUACUGGCUGCAGGUGCUGACCGGAACGCAGAGAACUACGAGCCAGUUUUAGACUCGGACGAAGAAAGCGAGUUGGAUCAGGCCAUCUGUCGUGGGCAUACGCCGCUUGACAUCGCGUCCAGUGCCAAGGUGCGUGACAUCUUGUUGGGUGAAACGUGGGCGAGGAAGGAACCGGAGGAGACAAAAAUUCAGAGAGGCAACAUUGCGUCUUUAGGCUCAGAAGCCCUCUCCGAGUUAAACCAAGUGUUGAACAAGGAUGAAUCUGGUGCUGACUGGAUGAAGCUGGCCGACAGACUGAACCUCGGCUCUCUUAUUGCAAUCUUCAAAAGUGCAGAGUCUCCAAGCAAGUCCCUAUUGGACAAUUAUGACCUGUCAGGAGGGACCGUCGUUCAGCUGGCUAAUGCUCUCCAGGCCCUGGGAUUGGAGGAGGCAGUGAAUGUUAUCCAGAAAACAGAAAUCCACGGGAAGCUUCAGUCAUCAGACGGGAAACAGUCGGUGGACAGUGCAUAUGGGAGCGGGCCAUCCCAGGGGACAGUGGACUGCGAGGAGGGUUUGAAGCCCCCGACCCCAACCCCGGCCCCCCAACAACCAGUCUAACGGCGGACAAGAGGUGGAGUUCUAUGGAGCUGCUGCUGGGCAGAAGGAGACCUGAUGCAGAGAGUGUUCUCUCCAUUCCGGGAUCAGUCCCCGAUAACACAAGCUCCAUGUGGUGUCCAUUCAUUUCCAGCAUCAGGACCAGACUCUAAAGAAGCUGUGUCCCUCCCUGUUCAUAACGGUUUGGUCUCUCCCAGUGUCGAUGCUGGGAUUCUCCAUUUCACCCAUUCAAUCAGUGACUUGAUGAUCUUUCCAGUUAGCUGUUGUCUAACAUGUUGUCGAGUUUGCUCUGCUCUACAAGCUGGGGGGAGUGGGGCUCCAGAUCUGUAUGAACAUUUCAACAUCUGGAAUUUGCUCUCAAUCCAGCUGCUUUUGUCGGGUUAAGAAUUGUGUUUUUUCAGUGUCCCAACAUUUACAUGGCAAAGUUGAGUGCGUGAGCAUGUGUGUGUGGGAGGGGGGGCGGAAUUGAUAUGGAUCAGUUUCCACCUACUCUUUAUCAGCGGCACUUCUGGUAACGAGCAGGUGAGAGAGAGAGAUAGUGAUCUUCAAACCCUCCACAGGCUAAGUAUUGCUUUGUCUUUCCUAUUCACCUCUUCCCCAUCCUCCUCCCUUUCCCCCUAACUUGGGGUCAGUCC